AUGGCCAAGCUGUGCGAGUCGGUUUGUGCGGGUUCCGGCUGCGAGCUGCCCGGCACGAAGCAAUGCAGCCGCUGUGGAGUGGUGGCCUACUGUUCAGCAGAGUGCCAGCGGAAGGACUGGAAGACCCACAAGCUCGUGUGCAAGAAAGUGGAGUCUCCAGAGAGCCGCAUUGCUGAUCUGCUUCGUGCCGGCUGUCUCUUCACAGCGGGCGAAGAGCUGGCGAAGUUGGAGAAGCCGAGCAAGAAGUUGAAAGAGGAGCACGAGGAUCGCUUGAAAGACGGCAUCCACUCGGAGGUCGUGGAAGGGCGGCUGGAGUUGCGGCCCACGAAUACCGGCAUGGGCUACGUCGCUGCUAAGGACAUCUCACCAGGUGACGCCCUGUUUUUCGACACAGCCUUUUCCUCUGCCCCUGUCAAUGGAGCGAAAGAGUACUUCUGCCUCAUUGCGGAGAAAGCCAUAAGAAAGGGGCACCGAGAUCGACGAGUCAGUGCCCGUGCAGAUGCCCAGGCCGACUUCUACUAUGCCUCGGUGUUACAGCUGGGUACCAAGGACAGUCAUGACAGGGCCACGCUCGACGACGCCGAAGUGGAUGCUGAGAUGAAAGAGCAGAUUCUAGUCUGCUCCAUCGCUGAAGCGAAUUGCCUUUACUGCACGCAGGAGCCCGAUCAAGUUGCGCUCUUCGUGUCCGCAGCACGCUUCAACCACUCCUGUGCACCGAAUGCUAGCUUCGACAGCAGCCGUGGGACGCUUUUGGUGAAGGCCCUUGUGGCAAUCCCAGCUGGGGAGGAGGUGACAGUAAGCUAUCUUCCCGGCGAGCUUCUGUCCGAGGGUGUCGGCAAGAGACGCGAGCGCCUCCUCAACGGUCGCGGCUUCCACUGCAGGUGCGUCAGAUGUCAAGAGGAAAGCGAGUUGACAAGAUCAUUGACAUGCCAGGCAGAGCAGUUUUUGUCCCGCGCACCGGUGGCGCCAAAAGCUGCUCCAUCUCAGCAAAGAGGUGCCGCAGUGCCUCAACGACAGGCAGCGGUCCCGCAGCAACAGCCCCAGGUCCAACAGGCCCAGCAACUGCAGCGGCAGUUGCAUCCACAGAUAUACGGUGCACAGCCACAAGUGGCAAAAGACUCCAGGAACAGGCAGAGCCGGGCACCGAGCGGCUCGCAGCGCCAUUCGAUUCAAGGCCCUGAGGCUUCUGCCCCAAAGACAGGGCAGGAUGCACAAAUGCAGGGGCGAGACGCAGUCCAGAAAGCACAGUGGAAACGGAAGCGCGAUGGACCGAUUUUUCCUGUCGGGAGCGUGGUGCAGUAUUGGAGCUCUACCAAAGGCAAGUGGGUCACGACUCGUGUGAAAGCGCUCCAUCUGGACGAACAUGGUAAAGUGACUGCUUAUGACUGCUCGGGCAAGCCUUAUGCACUGGCGACGAAGGUGCGGGCAGCGCCGCAAAAACUGCAGCAGAAGGCAACGACCGGACAAGCGCCGCGAGUUGCAGCUGCUGCAGUUCCCAAGGAAGCUGGCACAGGGCCACCUGCUGCAGGAACAGCUGGUGAGCCAGUAAAAGCCUUUGAAAGAAAGGUGGUACCUCCACGUGUGGCCCUUCCUGCAGGGAUGGCUGCAAAGAUGAAGCAGAAGCAGAAGCAGAAGGCGAAGGCGCCUGUCUUCAAGGUCGGCGAUCGCGUGUGGUACUGGAGCAGCCAUCAGCGGACAUGGCUCAACACCCGCAUCAAGAAAGUGAAUCGGCGGAAAGAUGGCGCAAUCGUGUCCUAUGACUGCUCGGGUAAGCCCAAGGCAGACCCGAGAAAGCUGAGACCGAGACCUUCCAAGAGCGGCAAAGCCAAAGUCGAAGCCAACGCUGCGGUGACUGAGGCUAAUGCCGCACCGCCCCCUGCAGCCGCCGGACAGAGCGAUGCUGGCGCCGCUGCGCCAGAGGCACAGGCGCCUGCAAAACCCGCCACGACGGAGAAGAGGUUCCAUACUGGCCAAAAAGUCUAUUACCUCAGUGGUCAGCUGCAAAAGUACGUGGUGACCGAAGUUCUCCGUGUCCUCCGGAGCGAAAGCGGA